AUGAAGUUACAAGCACUUAACAUUGUGAAACAGGUUCAAAAUUUAUGCCGCAAUCACGUCUGCUACUUCAAUAGUUCUAAGCCGUACAGUACAUCAAAGGUACACACUCUUUUAGAUAGAUAUAAACAGAAUUCAGUUAAAUAUCAUUUAAAACUUUCAUCAACAGCAUCAGUGUGUGUUUAUUCAUCCGAUAGUAAAAAACACUUUCUAAGUUUGGAAAAAAAGACUGAAGAGCUCAAAGAUGCUUUUGAGCAAAGAAAGGUACAAAUAAAAGAAACUGAAUAUCGAAUCCGACAAAAAGGUGUUCAAUUAGUAAAAGACAUCAAGCAACAGAAGGAAAUUACUGGGCAAAAAAUAAGAGUAAAGAAGGAACAUAUCAUGAAAGAUAUACAUGAAACUAAGGCUAAAGUUAGAGAAAAAAUAGAAGAAGUUGUAGAGCGAGAAAAUGUGUUUACUGUUCCAAAUAUAUUGUGUGUAGCAAGAAUAGCUAUGUCACCAUAUCUAGGAUAUGUAAUUCUUCAAGAUAACUACAACUUAGCUCUAGGCUUAUUAGCAUUUGCUGGAGUUACUGAUCUGCUUGAUGGUUGGAUAGCUAGGACAUGGAAAAAUCAGUCUUCAAAAAUGGGUUCCUUUUUGGAUCCUAUGGCAGAUAAAGUUUUGGUAGCUACUCUGUUUAUCUGCUUAACAUGGCAGGAAUUGAUACCACUUUCCCUGACAUUGCUGAUAGUGGCACGAGAUGUAGCAUUGGUCGCAGCUGGCUUUGUUAUCAGAUAUAAGAGUUUACCUCCUCCUGUAAGCUAG